UUUUGGUCAUGUGACCAACCAAACCUUAUAUGUUUUUGAUCAAAUAUUAAGGGUAUAUCUAAGAGACCAUACCAAUUCUAAAGGGGUCAUUGUGACAUUUUCCUUAAAAACUUUGAGCUUUUUUUUACUCUCUAGAAAUCUCCCUUUUCUGGAAACACAUACGGUCCCGACUACGUUCUCUGCACACAUAGAUUUUGUCGUCAAUUUUGGACAACCAGUGAGUUUCAAUUGCUACAUAUUAGGUGGUUCAAUGGAUCACUUAUAUCAAGUUAAUCACAGCAGUGCCGUAAAUCACGCCAAAGAUGGCCUCCCUAGCACCCAGUCUUCUAAUGAUGCACUUAGGCAGAUGGGUCCUGAAGGGAAAAGGGGAGCAGUUCAUGAAGAAAUGAAGAGAGUAAGCAGACUUCCACCAAGCAGUGCAUACGCCACCCAUCGGAUGCGCGUCCUAAACAAAAUCCUGCAACUUCUGUCGAUUCACCGAACCACUUCACAGGAUGAGGAGUUGGAAUUGCUGUUUUCUGGGCUCUCUCUUGGGUGAUAAGAAGCAAAAGUCAUACUCCAGUAGUUAGUUUAUCAGAUUAUGCAGUGGAUCAAUUAUUUUGCUUGCUUCAUCUUAUGCUUUGAUAGCAUCUUUGCAAAGUUUUUCUUUUCGAUGUCGCGAUGUUGUUAUGGUCGUUAAAUAAAGUAUACUUUGUUAUAUUAAUAGGUCUAUGAUUAGGUUUGUCAUC